UACAGAAAAUUCUGCAAUGGAACCCAUUCCGAAAACCCAGACUUGCACUGCUGCAAUGGGAAGCCUUACAAUCCAGAGAGAGACACUUGCUGCAGGGGUCAUGGAGAGAAAAAAACAGAAGGUCUGAGUGAGAAGGUGUCCAGAUGUUGUGGCCUGGAAGCUUACCUCCCACUGAAUGAAAUAUGCUGUAACUUUAGUUUACAACCUAGACCUUCACCUAUGGCAGAGUGCUGUAAUAAUGAGGCCUUUGAUACAAUAACACAAAUGUGCUGCCAAUCGACAAAGAUCUUGACCAGAAAGUCUUCUGACCACCGGUGCUGUUAUGCUGGCCAGUAUAACCCAAAGACACAGUGUUGCUGUGGUGGAAAAACACCACCCAAAGGUCCAGCCUGUUGUGAUGAUAAUCGCCCCUUUUCGCCUCCAAAGGAACUGAGAGCUGAAUCUAAGUUACAUGUUUGUGGCUCAACAUCUUAUGAUCCAAAGACAGAGCGCUGCUGUCAGAGAAAACAUAGACUAGAAAAAUGGAAAUGCCCCUCAAAUCCAAAUAUACCUACAACAUACGACCCAAAGAGAUAUAUCUGCUGUGACGGCUGCUUGUCUAAACUCAUGCCAUGGAUGGAUCAAUGCUGUGGUGAGACCCCAUACGGUUUAGCGCAGAGAGGAGUCCUCUGCUGUAAAAAUAUAUUGUACGAGGACAGGGAGGAUGAAGAAGUGUGCUCAGAGAGUGGAGUACCUUAUAAGCCUUUUGAAGAGACGGUGUGUGUUUCUAAAUGGCAUAAUGUUCCUGGAGGACACUGCUGUGGGGAGGAACUCUACCAACCCAACAAAACUAUUUGCUGCAAAGGAAAUGGCUACAAUCGAAUGAAGAACAUUCACUGCUGUGGAGGUCAUGCCUACAAUAUUUCAGACCCUUCACAUAAGUGCUGCGACGGAACUCUGUAUACGCUGAAAAGGGAGGAGGAAAAUGACAUGCACUGCUGUGGAUCUAAGCUGCUGAACAUAACGAGCCACGAAGUUUGCUGCAUAAGUGAGGACUACGCCUUGUCCUACCAAGCCAGGAAAAGCUUUAAGUGCUGCGGUCACCAGUACUACAACCAAAGUCUGUGGUCAUGCUGUGCAGGCAAGCUGAGUCCACUUCACCACAAGACCAUCUGUAAAAGUUCCAGCACAAAAGAAUCCAAACUUCAGUUGGUGAACAAUCUGAACAAAGCACAACUUUGCAAUGAAUUGUACAUCGGAGUUGUUGAAAGCGUGUCUCAGAACAGCACCGUGUUCAGCAGCGUGCUGAAAAUCAACGGAACAAACGUCACAGUGGAACCAAAUGUUUUCACCCUGAAUGCAGCAAAUCAAUGCAACUUCCUCAGACUAACGGCUGGAAAGACCUACUUCUUCAAUCGUGUUGAUGUCUUCACUGAUUUUAACCACGAGUCUGUCCUGCAGUCACUGCAUUUCAUUCUUUCCAAGUGUUCUCAGUAGGUCACCACUGGCUGGUGCCAUCCUACACAUUUUCCAAUCCUUUGAGCAGUUACUUAAUUCAGUAACUUAUGAUUCAUUAAGAACAUUUAACACUUUUACUCAGACAUAGGCAUAUAACUUACAUAUAAAGCAAUAUGUGACUCUAUAAGUAUUUUACACAUCAAGUACUGACUAACUAACUCAGUUUAGCAUUGUGUUAUGUUGAUGCCAUCUUGCCAAUUUAAAGUCAGAAAGUAAGUUUACAGAAUCAUUAAGUACCAAAGUCUGACCAAAGCUAUAGUUGUAGAAGCAACACAAGAUCAAACAUUUAACGGUUUGAUACAAGAAGCUAAGUGAAAAAAAUGUUGCUGUAGGUGAGCCUUAUAAGCUUUGUGUUCUUAUAAGCUAAAUUCCUGUCAAAUGUUUAUUAAAAGUAUAUUUUAAUAUAGUAUAUACAGUACCUUGAAAAGUAUUCAGCCCCAUUGAAUUUUUCAUUUUAAGGCUUCUAAUGUACUACUUUGUUAUACUUUGUAAAGAAUCAACAAGUCGAACACAAUUAUGAUGUGGAACAAAAUGUAUUAGAUAUUUGAAACUUUUUAAACAAAUGACAAAAACAGGAAAAUUUGGUGUGCAAAAUUAUUUAGCCCCCUUGAGUUAAUAUUUUGUAAUGCCGUUUUUUGCUGUGAUUACAGCUGCAGGUCAAUAUGGAUAUGUCUGAUUCUUCACAAAAAAAUAAGUGUUAUGUCUUUAUGUUUGAAGCCUGAAAUAAAGGAUGCUGAAUACUUCCGCAAGGCACUAUAUAUACUAUUUUUAUUUUUGCACUGAUUUGUACUGGACUCUGACAAGAUAGUGAUUCUAUUUAGGUAGUUUAUCAUAAUAAAACUAAAUACAGUUUUAAUAAACCAUGCCAGAGAUGUAAAUGUGCUAAAAUCCCACACCAGUCUUUUAACUAAAAAAGCAAGACUUAUUUUUUUUUUGUGAACUUAUUUUCAUUUGUGUAUCCAGUAGUUUUUGUUUCGUUUUUAUAUCAUUUAAUAUAAAUGUGACAUAUGUUCUCUUACACAUGUGUUAGUUGACGAAACUAUUAAGUGAAUAAAAAGCUGAUUAAAAUUCAGUAAAGUGUUUG